AUGGACCAACCAAUCAAGAAGUCGAUGAACAAACCUGAGGCAGCUGGAAGAAUGGUCCAGUGGGCGAUUGAACUCAGUCAAUUUGACAUUGAAUAUUAUCCCAGAACAGCAAUCAAGGCGCAAGCGUUGGCAGACUUCAUCACAGAGUUCACCUUUCCGGACGAAGACAGCCUCACCAAUGAAGUCGAGCGAUGGACGAUACAGACUGAUGGUUCGUCAGCCCAAAUGAGGGGGGGAAUAGGGGUCUUCAUAACCACCCCCGACAGAGAAAUGUUUAAGUACGGAGUUCAACUAAAAUUUUCGGCUACCAACAACGAAGCUGAAUAUGAAGGGAUACUGACGGGAUUGAGGCUUGGAAAGGCACUUGGAGCUAAGAACCUGUUAGUCCAAAAUGAUUCGAAGCUAAUGAUCGGGCAGAUCAAGGGGGAGUACGAAGCAAAAGAAGAGAGAAUGCAGAAAUACCUCAGGCUGACAAAGCAUCUGAAUCGAGAGUUCGAUGCAAUGGAAUUCGUACAAAUCCCAAGAAGUCAGAAUAUGGGGGCAGAUGAAGUCUGGAAACUAGCAUCGUCAGAAAAAAGGGAGAUUACCAUAGACUUAGCGAUGGAAGUCCAGAAGUACCCCAGCAUUGAAGAGGCCCCAACAUUCACCAUCCAGAGCGCAAAUAGCUGGAUGACACCAAUAAUGUCUUUCCUCCAGGACGGACACCUCCCUCAAAAUACAAAAGAAGCUAAAAAGAUUAAGAAGAGGGCAGCUAGGUUCAUGAUCCUCAAUGACGCCUUGUACAAGAGAGGAUUUUCCAUGCCUUACCUGAAGUGUGUCGAUGAAGAAGAAGUCAGAUACAUACUGGAAGAAAUCCAUGGAGGAGUUUGCGGCGACCACGCCAGCCCCAGAUCCCUGGUAAACAAGGUAAUACGAACAGGUUAUUUCUGGCCUACUAUGCAGGUGGACGCUGUUGAAAUUGUCAAGAAGUGCGACAAGUGCCAACGAUAUAGGAAUGUACAACGACUUCCAGCAGAAAGACUAACGACGAUAGCAUCCCUGUGGCCAUUCGCGCAAUGGGGAAUCGACAUCGUCAGUCCACUCCCCCAAGAUAAAGAGGCUCUAGCAACGAUCACCGAGGCAAGAAUUCGGAGCUUUGUGUGGAAGAACAUAAUCUGCAAGUUCGGGAUUCCCUUGACGAUUAUAUCAGAUAAUGGGAGGCAGUUCGACAGCCAAGACUUCAGAGACUUCUGUUCAAAUCUUGGAAUUAAGAACCAGUUCUCGUCCCUAGGGCACCCCCAGGCAAACGGACAGGCGGAGGUAACGAAUCGAACGCUACUCAAGAUUAUCAAGGCCAAGCUGGACGAUGCGAAGGGUGCCUGGCCAGAAGAAUUACCAAAUGUCCUGUGGGCUUACAGUAUCACGGCGAGAACCCCAAUAGGAGAAACCCCCUUCAAGCUUACCUAUGGCACCGAAGCCUUAAUCCUGGUCGAAGUAGGAGUAACGAGCGUCGGGCGAGAGACGUUCAACGAAGAAUGCAAUGACGAUGAACUAUGA